GUACACAGUAGCCCUGCACGAUUUGUGUCUGUCAAUGGAAUGUCAGUACAUUUACUUUGCCAAACGAAACUAGGUAGCCGACGCGUCGGUACAGACGCCGUACGUUUCCUCUAUUCUUCGUAUGUCAUCUCGGUUCAAACACUGCCCAUCCUAAAACGCGACAGUCGCUCAAGUUCACGUGUAUUGGAUGUCUGCUCAAAUCGAAUUCGUGAACGAAAGCCACAUUUGAUCGGAUGUUUGGAUCAGCAUGGCGGACACGACGGGGCAGCAGGUUGCAGCAAGCGUUCCUGCAGUACGCAGCUUCUCAAUGAAGCGUGUUCUCACAUUGCUUACUCUUUUGUCACAGAAUGCAAGAAUGACCUCAUAGUGGAGAUGGCAAGUAAGAGGAUGGCUAUUCCUGAUAUCAUAGAAAGUUCGGAGCCGACUACAAAUGACGAAGUGGUUGCAGAGAUGCCUUCGAAAGACCCCAAGCUUCAAAAGGAGAACAAAAAAGAAGCACAAAAGAGACAGCUGAAGGAAUUAGUGAAGAAAAGGCAGACCCUGAAAGACUCGUCUGAAAGCAGUGAUGAACACAACGAUCUUGUACCAAGGAAGAAGCUGCUUCUCGAGAAGGAGAAGAGGAAACAGCUGGAAGAAGACAACAGAGCUCUCAGAAAGGAACUUGACGCAGAGCGAAAGCUCUGCAGGAAGCUCCAAGAGGCACUGCUGGAAAAGCGUGAUGUGUCAUAUUCGACCGUGCUUACUGCAGGCACCUCGUCUGUAGCCAGGAUCGAGAGUGCACCAAGUGGCGCAUCCUCAUCAUACUCGUUACCUUACGAAGACUGUGAGUUAAUGGUAAGUUAUGCAGCAGUCGUGAUUAGUUUCAUCAUCUUUUAAAAUGCUGAACUGAUUUUUUAGUAUAGGGAACCUAGUCCUGGAACAGUUAGCCACUCUGUUGAACAGAGUCAAGAGCCAGAGCAGCCGCUUACAUCACCUGUGCAUAUGACCAGCAUAACAUUGCAGGAACAGCUGGCUGCGCACUCUCAGAGCACGGGCACUUCAGACGGGCUUCUUCGGGCAUCUUCACAUCCCACUGCUGACCCUGGGAGCUGCCAGGGGCCUAUUGAACCACGCCUUUUAAGUGUACCACACUCAGUUUUGAAUAGUCAGAAUUUGGAACUCAUUGACCCAGUCAGUAGUGACCAGGACUGAUAACACUGCUGGGCAAGUACCAGAUGAGGGUGCUCAAGGCUGUUCGACAGAGCACCAAUCGCGGCCUGUCAAUCGUGAGGCAAGGCGUGCCAAGGUCAAUAGUCGCACCCCGCGACCAUUUUUGGGGCGGUCCUGUGCCAAGAGUACCCCAACUCGGCCAAACUUAGAUAUUGCUGGCAG